AACCUACUGAACAAGUGUUCGUGAAACCAGUUAUCACCACCACAUCACGAUGGGCUUGUCUCCUAAACUAUCUCCGUCAUCCUACAACUCUGUGCUCGACCUCCGCUCCGCCGGCAAAGCAGGGUGGAUCAUCCAGAAGUUCGGAGGUACCUCUGUGGGAAAGUUCCCCGAAAAUAUCGUUGACGAUAUCGUCAAGGUGACAAACACUACCAACCGGGUGGCCGUUGUGUGCUCAGCACGGUCAUCAUACACAAAGAGCGAGGGAACUACCUCUAGGCUUCUUCGGGCGGCUGACUUGGCCUCCGAUAACGGAGAUUUCCUUGAAAUCCUCCAAACCAUUGAAGACGACCACACCGCCAAUGCCGAACUCAAGAUCAGUGACAAGACGCUACAGGCUCAGUUGGUGCAAGACACGCGGGAAGAGGUGAAAAAGGCCAAACAAAUCUUGACGGCGUGUCAGGUGAUUGGAGAAAUCUCCAAUAGAACCUUGGACUCGAUCAUGUCCAUAGGUGAGAAGUUAUCAUGUCGGUUCAUAGCGGCUUUGAUGCAAGAUCGUGGCAUUAACGGGGUAUAUAUCGAUCUAUCUGAGAUCAUUCCGUUGGACUACGACUUCAACAACGGCUUUGAUGACGCUUUCUAUCGAUUUUUAUCAGAUGAAUUGGGCAAAAAGGUGUUGGAGUUACCUGAAGAUGCCAUUCCCGUAUUGACCGGAUACUUUGGAUGUGUGCCAGGUGGAUUGUUGAACGGCGUGGGAAGAGGGUACACCGACUUGUGUGCGGCAUUGGUGGCGGUGGGAGUCCGUGCUGAUGAAUUGCAGGUAUGGAAGGAGGUUGAUGGUAUUUUCACAGCCGAUCCUCGAAAAGUCCCUAACGCCCGGUUAUUGGACAGUAUCACCCCCGAAGAGGCGGCUGAGUUGACAUAUUAUGGAUCUGAAGUUAUUCACCCAUUCACAAUGGAACAAGUGAUCAAGGCCAAAAUCCCCAUCAGAAUCAAGAACGUUGAGAACCCCACCGGUACCGGCACCAUAAUAUUUCCAGAUAACAUCGGUAGACGAGGCGAGUCAACUCCUCCUCAUCCACCUGUUGCUUACGAAACGUUGUCCAGCUCGUACAUUAGCUCCAAAAGACGGUCUGCCACUGCCAUUACUGCUAAACAAGAUAUAGUGGUACUCAAUAUCCACUCCAACAAAAAGACAUUGAGCCAUGGGUUUUUGGCCCAUAUCUUCACCACUUUGGACAAGUACAAGUUGGUGGUAGACUUGAUCUCGACAUCGGAAGUGCAUGUGUCGAUGGCUUUGUUAAUUCUGUCGGACCAAGAGAAGAUGUUAAAAAGAGCCCUUGUGGAGUUGCGAAAAAUGGGAUCAGUAGAUGUCACUAGAAAUAUGACUAUUAUUUCGUUGGUGGGCAAGCAGAUGGUUAACUUCAUUGGAAUUGCCGGAAACAUGUUUAAGGUGUUGGCCGAUGAACAAAUCAACAUCGAGAUGAUCUCGCAAGGAUCCAACGAAAUUAACAUAUCUGCAGUUAUAAACGAGGCCGAUACUAUCAGAGCAUUAAAGUCGAUCCACGCCAAGCUUUUGGAAGACAACCAUGAAUACCACAGCAAUGAAAGUGCUGUGAACUUGAGGUUGGAGUCGUUAAAGCUUGAGUAGAAACACUUGUAUAUAACACUAUAGAAAUAAAAAUGAACAUUUCACCUAGAUAUCAAAAUCUCCUGAUUCUCUGCUACCGGAGCCCGAAGCCUUGGAGUUAUCAUCUAUCAACGACUCAAAGUCGCCAACGAUUCCUCCUAAUAACUCGGUGGCCAACUUGUGGUAGGCCAACUGGGCUCUGAUCAAUUCCAAAAACUCUUCCAAUGGCCGGGCGUUUUCCAACACAUUCUGCAUUAUACUUAUGGCAUCUUCAACGGUGUUGGCGAAAUCAUCUUCUGCAUUCUCCAUCACCACCCUUAACUGUGGCUCCUUGCUGGGAUUGGUACAAUUGGUUAAGCUGAUUCGAGCCAAGUCGUAGCUAAGUCGUUUUUGCUCAACUUUCUUCUGAAUGCUGUUGCUUUGAGAAAUCAACAGUCUCAAAGUGGUAGUCAAAGGGUUGUUGAAUUUGGCUUGAAUCAAUUGAUCUUGCCCCAAUCUGGCAUUCCCAAUCUUAGCCAAGUUGGAUGAGUACAAGUCCAAUCCUUUAACCAAUGGAUCGUUCUGACUAUCGGAAGAGGUCAAUACCGAAGCAUCGGUGGCACGUGCCAACGCAUGGUACAAAGUUUUGGGGGUCUUGAACUCGCCUCUAUCAUCACUGAUAAGCGCCGCCUGUGCUUCGGCUGGGGUGGUAGCCUUGGACAAGUUUUGGACACGUGUGGUGAUGUUCUUGCUAAACUCUUGAAACGAUUCCUGAACAUUGGAUGGAUAAUCGUAACUUUCACUCUCGUAGGUAGCGGUGAUCUUAAGCACAUUCUUGUACAACUUCUCGACGUUGUUACACUUGUUUGCCAAGUCAGUGUAUUCAGAUGGCAAUUGACUGAUUUCAUCGACAUUUACUCGUCCAAUUCUUUCUUGUACUAACCGAGAAGUUCUCUGAGCAAAAGGAACCACCUCAUUGUUAAAUUCACUGGUGACCUUAUCACUGAGGUUCUUGAGGUCCUUGGUGAAGUUGGUGAAAUUAAAGGACAUUCGUAUCUGUGUUCGUCAGGAGGUUUUAAGAAUUU